GCUCAUUUCAAGGUCGAGAAAAACGUUUGUUUACAGUUUUCUUCAAACCGCGUCUGUAACCACCCGGCAAAAAUUCCAUUUGACGAGUGUGAUUCUUCUAGCUUUCUUUAUAGUUUCCUUGCGCAUAUUCACUCAUAAAUUAACGCACGAAAGUGAAAAUCCUUGAAACUCGCAGAAUGAAAUCAUCCAUCGUUGAGUGAGUAAGGUCUGAUCGUAGCAGUUGCGGGGCAUCUUGGAUGAGGAAAAUGAGUGGAAACCCGGCGAUAACACUUUUUAGUGCUGGUGAAAGUAUUCAGGUUGCCAAUACAAGUGCUCUCCAACGUGCUGAAGAGGAAGAACAGCUACAAGACCGGAAACGUCUCAAUGCUGAGUUAGAAGCAGAAUUCGAAAACGCCUUCGACGAUCUUAUCGAGAAUGAUGAUGAAGAUCGAAACGACACGCAAAAUUCUUUCAACUAUUUGUCUAACUGUUCGGAACACCCUAACGAAACGCCACCUCCGUUACCGCUUCCAAUAACCGGGAUAGCACCCGGACAUCAAAGAUCCUUCGACGUACGCACUACGAAUGGUCAUAUGCUUGAAGGUGGUGGGGAUGAUCAUUUUGAUCCAAAAGUUUCACACUGGCGGGAAUUGUAUCAAUCAAAAAUACGCGAGCUUGAACAGGUCGCUAAACUCAUGCAUGAAAAGGAAAAGGAACGCGGGGAACUGCAGAAACGGUUAAUGCUGGCUGAAGGAGAACGUGAUCGAGCCAAUAUGACACGAAAGCAAACACAUGAUCUUCUAGUUGAUAGUAAAACUAAAAUUUCUGAACAAGAAGAUUCUAUAUGCAAACUAAAAGCAAAAGUUAAAUCACUCGAAGAAGAAAACCUGCGACUGGAAGCCGACCUACAGAAUAAACACACCUUACUUCAAGAUACUCUACACAAAUAUCGCAUGGUAGAGCAAAACAUUGGUCUAAAAACCGAUCGCCAUACAGAGCAUCUAUUAAAACAGGCUGAAGAUAGACACAAUGCAAAAGUAACGAUGAUGCAGCAGCAAAUCGAUAAUCUGCGCGCCAGCUUAGACGAUCGAACGCAAGAAUUACGUCGGUCGGAAGUACGCUAUAAAGAGCUGCAAUCGCUACGAGACUCGCUGCUAGUGGAAAAGUCCGAAACUAUCCAACGGUUACAGGAUAAACUUGAGGAAUCACAGCGACAAUGCGAAAGUUUAAUGGCUAAAACGAUGAACUUGACCAGUUACAGUCAGGACAAUCUUAGGCUUAAGUCGAAGGUUAACGCACUUGAACAGCAAACACACGAUAUGCAGAGCACCAUUAACAAACUCACGAACCGGCUCGAAUCUUCAAACGCCGAACUAAAGUUGAUGGAUAGUUUGGUAUGUUCGAAAAAUGAAACUGAUGUAUCGGUUGAUGAUGCAGCUUGUACCUUUACGGCUACUCGUAAAAAUCUUAUUGGUAGUACCCCUAUUAAUGCAAAUCUAAAAAACACGGAAGAGAAAGUUACCAAAUUAAAACACGAAUUGCUGAUUUGUAUGAAUGGCCAAAAGGAGAAACGGGAAAGUAUUCUGCGACUUGAAACGGAUUUGAUUGCUAGAGAGAAUGAAAUUCAACAACUAAAGAAAGAUGAAAGCCAAGCUCUAGUACAGAUGAAUCAUUACAAGGAGGAAGCGUUCCGAGUUAACGCAAAGUUAAAGAUUUUAGAGAAUGAGCUGGACAAGUUUUAUAAAAAAGAAAAAAACAGUUCCAGGCAUGGCCGGCGAUCCAGUGUUGAUAAACAAGACAUUUUGGAAGAUAAAAUAUUCGCCUUACAGCAAGAUAAAAUUCAACUUGAGGAAAAAAUUUCUGAGCUAGAGAAAACCAACAACAUGUUAGAAGAAAGAAACAAAACACUGAAAGCUAACUCCAAAUCGCUUGACGCGGUUAAGCUUGAAUUGGAGAAGCAAAAAUUUCUUCUCAACGAUGCCCAACAAGAAUGCGAACGAUUAAAGAAUCGGUACAUUGACUUAUCAAGCUGCAAGGAGGCACUUAGUAAAGAGCUUGCCACACUGAAGUCUCAGGAUAUAGCGACUGAACUUUUAAUGCAAAAGGAGCAAGUUGCUUCACUAGAACGGGCUUUACAGAUAGCUGAACUGAAAUCAUCAGAGCUCAGCAAGAUGCUAGAAAGAGAGAAAGCUGACCAUGAAAAACUAAUUAAAGAGUUUAAUGAAAAAGAGCACGGCAGCACUGAAGUUCCUGCACAGAAACAGACCAAUAAUUGUGUAAGAUGUGUCGAUAAUUUGAUGGAAAUGUCAAAAAUGGAAAUUCAAAACUUGCAUCAGCAGAGCACCAACGCUUCACAUCUGCGUGAAAUCAACGAGUUGAAAAGUUCUCUGCAGAAGGCUCGAGCUACUAUUGAAGACCUGCAUCAAAAACUGGAUUUGAAAUCCGAAAGAGAUUAUUUGAUCGACGAAUUGAAGCAGAAAGCGGCUCAGUUUGAGGAAUUCAUGCGUAAUCAGCAUAACAAUAACAACAGCAACAGUAGUAGCGGCAAUAGUUGUUCAACCAGAGACAACGCGACUUCUCCUCCUCCAAAGCAACAAUGUCGGGACCAAAGUGUUGGAACAUCCCCUGAAAUGCAGGAGCUAAGCGAGGUAGAAGCUCGAAAGGUAACUCGCGAACAAGAGCAUCGGAUACGAGAGGAUAUGGCACGUGCUUUCGCCGCUGAAAUUAAAAUCAUUGAGGAAAAGUUUAAGGCACAGUUUCUAAAAUUUGAGGAAAACAUUUCAGCGUUGAAAAAGGAAUUACACGAUCGAGUCAACGAAUUACUGACGAGAAGCAAAGAGGUAGAAGUGCUCAAGUUCGCUAUCAAAACCGAACGGGAAAAAAUGACGGAACUGUUGGCGAAGAAGGACGAAGAUGCGCGCGCCUUGUUUGAUAAACAGGCUGAAGUGAUGAAACGUUAUAAAGCUGAACUAAACAACUCCCAGCAGAAGGUGCAAUUUUUGGAAAGCGAACUUCAGGAAAAGCGUGAGCUCAUCCGGUCCGAACGGGAAUCGAUGGAUUUGCUCACGAAGCAAAUCACUGAGGAGAGAAAAAUGUUCCACGAGCGUGAAAUCGAAGUGAUUGAAAAGUUCAAGGAAAUUGAGAAAGAAUACAGCAAAAGCCUGGAAAUGGUGACUGAGAAGUACGAGUCAGCGAAGAAAACAGCCCUUAAUUAUAAAAAGUAUGCCGAAGAUAAAGAGCAACACAUGCUAAAAGAAUAUGAUCGCAUCAAAGAGGGUUACAACACCGCACUGUUGAAGGUGCAGAAUCGCAUGAAAGAAGCUUUGGAAAACAAGGACCGCAGUAUGAAGGAGCAAAUCGCGAAACUCGAUAAUGAAUAUAAAUCUAAGCUUAGUGUGCAGAAAAAAUAGUUUAAACAGCCCGAUAUGUAAGGUGCCUUACACAAAUGUUAUUUGUUUUAUUACGCAUAAUUCUUAAUGAGUUCGACACUAUUACCCAGAACGAAAUAUUACUUACAGAAGGAAGUCGGAAUUCCGAUAUAUUUUGUUUAUUAACGUGUAUAAGUGUCCCUAGUAGCGCUACUGCCAGCCAGUACUUAAAAAAAUACUUUUGAUGCGUAGAAAACAGCUUGAAAGGUCGGUGUACAGCCAAAACAAUUUUAAACUGCAUUUAACAUGUUAUCGACGGCUCUCUAUUACAUGUGAACGACAUAUCGAUCAUUUCUAUCUCCAACUGCCUGAAAAAUCUCUGCCAUGUCUGUAUUGUAAAAAUGAAUAGUCGUUAUGUAACAGUUAAUUGUUGCUGUUAACUACUCCUUUACACUUGUUAGUAUUAAUGAACCUUAUAUCAAAUCAAUAAAUCAUGAGUAUUAGCCAAAUGGAAGAGCAUAACCUGGUGUAA